AUGGCUUCAACCACCACAACCACAACCACCACAACCGCCGAGAUGCGUCUCCCGUCCUCCAUCCUCCGCGGCGUCGGCGCUCAGCGCAGCCUGCAUGCCUCUGCGCUGCGCCGCGUCCCACUCGUCCUCAACCCCACAGAGCUCAAGGCCCUGGCAAAGGACAACGUGGUCCCCAUCGACGUCUCAUGGCACAUGCCCGCUGCCCCGCGCAAUGCCGAGGAGGAGUACCAGACAGGCCCACGCAUCGUCGGUGCCCGCCGUCUUGACCUGGACAAGGUCGCAGCUCUCGGCCCAGAGCGCAACCCCCUCGGCCUGACGCACAUGCUGCCCAGCGCCACCGAGUUCCGCACCGCUGCCAAGAAGCUGGGUGUGACUCCAGACUCGCAUGUGGUGCUCUACGACACGCAGGGUGUCUUCUCGGCCCCGCGCGGCGCAUACACGUUCAAGCUGUUUGGACAUGACAAGGUUUCCAUUCUCGACGGCGGUCUUCCGCGCUGGAUCGCCGAGGGAGGUGCCGUGGACGUUGGCCCGCCCGAGCAGUUCACUGGCGACAGCAACCUCAGCGGCCCAGAGCACAACACCUGGGUGCGAUCGUACGAGGACAUGGUGGCCAACGCUGGCAAGGGCGAGGCCGGCGACGUUGUGCUCGACGCCCGCGCUCUCGGCCGGUACACUGGCGAGGCGCCCGAGCCCCGUCCGGGACUUCCCUCGGGCCACAUCCCGCACUCGCUCCCGCUGCCGUUCAACGACCUCCUCGAGCAGCCCACCGAGGACAAGCCGUACACGCACCUGAAGAGCCCCGCCGAGCUCAAGAAGAUCCUCGUCGACGCCGUGGGCGGCGACAAGGUCUGGGACGAGGUCAACCAGCCCGGCGGUCGCCAGCUCGUGCUUACCUGCGGCUCGGGCAUGACGGCCGCUGUCCUCUGGCUGGCACAGCAGAUCGUCGCCGAGGCCGAGGGCCGUGCCGCUCCCCUUGCGUCCAUCUACGACGAGAGCUGGACGGGAUACGCCCAGCGCGAGGAUGCCCCCAUUGAGACUGGCGACCCUACGCAAAAGUAG